AUCAGUUCUGUAUAAACAAUUACAAACAGUAGGCAUCAUGUAUGACGAACUGUAUGUCUUCAUAGACCAAACCACCACAACCCAACAUAAAGAAUUAAAUCCAACACGCCUGUGAAGCUACGAAAAGUUUCUCAGGAGCACGCGUAGGAAGUAGGAACAGGACCAUUGCAGAAGCUUCCACAGCAAGAGAUGGCCGGAGGAAACGACGACCUGAAGCUGGUCGGGCAGUGGGCGAGCCCGUUCGUCACAAGGGUGAAGCUUGCUCUCCACCUCAAGGGUCUUAGCUACGAGAGCAUCGAGGAGGAUCUCCGCAACAAGAGCGAGCUGCUCCUCAGCUCUAACCCGGUGCACAAGGCGGUUCCGGUACUGAUCCACAACGGUAAGCCCAUCUGUGAAUCGCAGAUUAUCGUGCAGUACAUCGACGAGACCUUCGUCGGCGCUGGCCCAUCCCUCCUCCCAAUUGAUCCCCAUGAUCGCGCCGUUGCUCGCUUCUGGGCAGCCUACAUUGAAGAGAAGCUGGUGGCGCCAUGGGAUCGGCUGUUCAGGGCUAAGACCGAGGAGGAGAGGGACGAUGCGAUGAAGCAGAUGGCCGCAGCAGUGGACGUUCUGGAGGGAGGCCUCAAGGAGUGCUCCAAGGGGAAGUGCUUCUUCGGCGGCGGCGACGUCGGGUACGUGGACGUUGUUCUGGGUGGUGCAGUCUCGUACGCCAAGGCGAGCGAUGCGCUCUUUGGUGCCAAGCUCUUCGACGCCGCCAAGACGCCGCUCCUGGCUGCGUGGAUGGAGCGCUUCAGCGAGCUGGACGUGGCCAAGGCGGUCCUGCCUGAUGUCGACAGGGUGGUCGAGCACGCCAAGUAUCUGAUAGCGAAGAAUGCCGCUCGGCCGGCUUCGAAAAACUAACUGAACCGGCAUGGCGACGGCGGCGGGCGUGAUUCCUGUUGGGUUGGGGAAAAUUAUGGUCCUAUAGUUUUCAGAUAUGAUUGCAAAUGAUACAUUGUUGCUGGUGGAUGUAUUUGCGACUCCAAUUAUAUAAUUUGUGUAAGGAAUAAGCUAAAUUGAUGUAUAUAUAUAUGUGCUUGUACGACCACA